UGGUGGUAGUGGUGACCGGGGCUGCUGCAUUGCUGCUCUUUUUAUAUUUGGAAACUCCGAAAGAAUCUCGGCUGGCUUUCAUGUGCCGCCUUCGUCCAAUAAAACAGAAGAGGGCCUGACUGCAAGUCGUCUAAUCUUGAGCGAGGUGUCAAUCAUGUUCAUUCAGCGGUUGAAGUGCGGGUUUUGGUAACCGCCUCCUUUACGCUUGGAAGGGAGACGAAGGGGGGAGCUUUCUUCGGAUCAAAGACUAGUGUGGCGCUGUUGCCGUAGGAUGUACUGAGUGCAGCCUGCUGCUUUCUUUACGGACGCUUCUUGUAUCGUCUGGAUAUCGCUGAUUUCUGGAUUAUAAAUUCAUUUGAUGUUUUUCAAUCCCAACUCAAUGCAGAGAAAUGGGUAAACUUCACUCGAAACAUGCUGCGAUUUGUAAACCGAGGGAAAGUCCGGAGGGUGACAGUUUUGUAGUUAAUGCCUGUUUGGCAAGGAAAGGAAUUGACGAUUGGCUCGUGAAACAGAAAUACUAUUGCACGGGCUCGCGGCUUGAGCAACAGGACUGUCACCACACGAAUAAGUGCGGCUUGUCUACUCGGGAUGUGUUGGACAAGGCGUGUGCAGAGGGGAUCAGUGAUGAACAUUACCGUUUAGAAGUGGCUCUGCCCCCGGAGAAGACGGUGGACAGUUGCUGUGUGGAGGAGAAGAUGCAGGGGAGAGCGAGCCAGGCGCCCACAGGCACACAGAAACAGCUCCAGUUUGAAGAGCUUGAGUGUGCCGUCUCUGUAGAGGAAGACAACAGACAGGAGUGGACGUUCACGCUGUAUGAUUUUGACAACAAUGGCAAGGUCACCAGAGAGGACAUCACCAGCCUGCUCCACACCAUCUAUGAGGUGGUGGACACGUCGGUCAACCAUUCCCCCAGCAGCAGCAAGACACUGCGGGUCAAGCUCUCCGUGGCCCCCGACUCCAGCCAGCGCUGGCGGAGCUGCACUCAGGGCCCCGCAGACAUGCCCCACCCCAGAACCAAGACUGACAAGUGCAUUGAAGACCUUAAAAGUGCAGAGAAGAAGUCUCGAGCCCUCCUCAGGCGCCAUCACAGUGACCACCACACUAUCCAGCACCAGGUUCUGACCCAGCAGGGUCAGAGUCGGGGCUGCCAGCGCCACUGUGUGGAUGAGAACCUGGAGCGCAGGAACCACUACCUAGACCUGGCCGGCAUCGAGAAUUACACAUCCCGCUUUGGAGCAGCCCCCACCACAGAGCCUGUGAAAGCAGAGCCACAGACCCGACCAUCGAACCAGACCAGGUCUCGCUCUCAUGAACCAGAGAACGGCCACACCUACUCCCACCACCAUCGAUCACAGGUGGCCAUGGAGAGCAGCACCGCCCCAGGCCCUGACACCCUUUGUCCCCCACGACCGAGUAAAGACUCAGGUAAACACGCCCUGCGCUCCCCCAAGACCCACAGCCGGACGCACCCCACACAGACCACCACGGGCAGGGUGAUGAGGAGCAGAGGGGCCCCACCUCCCCCGGCCCUACCCAGCCAAGCCCCCCCCCACCAGUCCUCAGCCCCCUACCGCAGGCACAAGCAGAGGGCCAAGGAGGGCCAACAGCAGUACCGGGCCCUGGGGGCUCCAGUGGGGUCUGUGGUGGAGAAGGAGCAGGUGAGGGUCCUACCCAGUGUGCUCCUCUAUGAAGGAGGGCUGGCCCAGAUGGUUCAGAGGCACGAGCAUCAUCACCACCAUGAACACCACCACCACUACCACCACUUCUACCAGUCCUGAGCCAGCCACCCAGCCAGCCAGCUCCCUGCCCUGCUGCCCCCGGCCCCAGAGCACCUUCUCACAGCCCCACCUCAACCUGGCUCCACUGCCAGGCCAGUAGACUCUACAGACAGACAGGCCCUUCCCACACAGCACAGCAACAGCACAGCCAGAACUUUGUCACUGUCAGGGGGAGUUGGGUCUUGCAUGGCCCUGUGGGCUAAGAGGACAGGACAUCAAGAGGAGUUGGACAGACAAGGGGAGGUGCAGGGUGAAGAGGGUUAUAAUGGGGUUGUCCAGGCAUGAAGAGUCCCUGUGAGGCAGCGGGACAGUGUCUUGGGCUUCAGGCGUGCCAGGAACCAGGAGCAGGACACGGCAGAGGGAUGUAACAGGGGAGCCUGAGAUGAACAGAAGGAGAAAAGAGACUUGGCUGUAAUCCUUCAGAGGACUCCUCUCAUCCCUCUCUGUCUGUCUGGUUCUCUGAAACCCUUUACUCUGAUGGACUAGCUGACUUCACGAAGCCAUACUGGCACUGCCAUCCUCACAGACCUCUAUGUUUUGGGGAAGGGGAAUCGGCGGUGAAGGGCUGGUUUGGAUUGAAAGACUGAUGUAAAACGAUAAAAUAUAUGAUGCUCAGUGUCCAGUGAGUUUGUGUUCGAGAGAGAGAGCGAGAGAGUGCGUGUGUGUGCGUGCGAAAGAGAAAAAUGUGUACAUUUGUGUGUAUGAAUAUUCAAUGUGUGUGUGUGUGUGUGUGUGUGUGUGAGCAUGUGUGCAUUGGUUCAUAUGAGUGUGUGGUGUAUGGUGUCUGUGUGCGUGUAUUACCUGUCUGCUGUGACACCCCUGUCGCCACUGAAAACCACUUGAAAAGCACUUGUGGGUGCAGUUGCAUUGGAGACACUUUGGGCUGUCAGAACAGAGGACUGACAGGCAUCAGCUGGAUAUGAUGAAGACAAGAUCAUCCAGCUCCUGAAUCUCACAUGCAAUACAGGACCCUCCCUGAGAGAACGAUGUUCAGUGAGAAUAGAAGACUGUAAUCAGCUGCUACCUCUAGUGUUAUUAAUGGAAUUGUUGGUGUUAUUAUUACUGUUAUUAAUCAGAUGCUAUUUUUCAGUUACAUUUUGUUCUAUUUUUUAAAGAUGACACAAUCUGCAGUAAUAUAGUGUUGAAACGUUCCUACAUGUUUUACCUACAUAUUGUAUGUACAUAUAUUAUCAACAUUAUACGCUUUAUUUAUAAUGUGACGUUUGUUGAUACAAUCUACAUUUAUUUCUCACUUAACCCCAUUUUCCCGAUGUACCCUAUUGAAAGAGCCUUAUGUAAACAAUUUAGACCAUCAAAGAUACAACUCUGACUCCCUCUAAUAUCACCAUACACAGUUCUUUCAGACAAAUGGUCAGUGUACACCUUCUCAAGUACAUCUCUGCCUUCUGAACAGUGUCUGUCUCAUCGUUGUGGUUAGCAGUUCACAGUAAGGCUCUUUCUCAUUAGCUGAAUCAUAAGUAUGUGGUGGUUGACAAUCCACAGCAGUCCCAUGAUCCUCCAGGUCUGAUCAUAACACAUGACCCUAACCGCUGUCCCCUCAUGAGGCAUCCCCCUGUCCCCAGCUGUCAGCAUCCUUUUCACCAGGCCGCCAUCAUGCCAUGUGUCCCCAGCACUCAGGCAACAAGGCUCUGUUUGACGCUGGCUGGGCGGACUGGGCCGGGGUGGAGGCUCUCAGCUGUCUGUCUCAUUCCUCUGGUGCUAGGUGACACCAGGCCCAGCCCACAGGCUCCACCAGGACCAUAACUCACCCUGCUGAUGGCCUGCUGUUGGGCAGGCAGCUCCAACCAUACAGAACCUCUCAGAUCCUCUCCCACCCUAGGUGAACCAUCAGAGCCCUACACCACUGUUUAGGACAGGUCACUAUGGUAUGCCUUCAUCUAUUCCAGGAGCUCCUGACCGAGUAUCAUCUGGUCAGGGUAAAGAGGAAAAUACUAAUCAGCAAUGUUCCCUCUAUUUUUUUUCGUCACUGAGCAAAUUUCAGGUCUGCUGAGCACAAACUUGAACGUUGUGAAAAUUCGGAGCGUGUUUAAUGUGAACACUGAGGCGGUAAACAAUGGAGACAAUGCAUCCCAUAAUAUGUCAACAUGGAAAUAGCUGUUCUAUCGUUCAGCCUACAGUAGCAGACAAUGUGUGGUGUUCAAUGUAGGCCUACAUUCCAUGAGACUUUUGAAAAAAACAUGCAGGGCUUGAGAUUAACCUGUUCAUCCAUCUGUCCUUCAGACAAGGUGACUCAACAUGUGUUUGAUGCAAGAAUCGACUUUAUUCGACAUUAUUACAGAGAAUCGGGCAAAAUAUGCUACCCUCUGCCUAUUGGCUACACUGCUCCUUUAAGACAAAUAAGCAAUUUACCUGACUUUUCAAAUAUGUCUGGAAACGCACACGUUUUGUGCUCUUGUAGGAAGCAAUCACUCCCCCAUUGCUGACUACAAAUGAUCUAUAACUGGGCUAAUAACUGACUAACUAGCAAAGGAUAUGAACACAUGUACACAUGUCGCUACAUGUAGCUCUGGCUUUGAUCUCAAAACAAACUCAUCUACUCACCACCACUCAUGCUGUAUAAACAGUCCAGUUCAAAGUGAAUGGCACAGAUCCAUAUAUGGCAAUGGUCUAUUUGCAUAUAGGCCUAGUGCAGCUCUGGUUAUGGUGCACCGGUCUGUGUAGAGUACGGCCUAUGUUGUGCCUGUCAAUGCAAUAAAAUCCUACUCCGAUGGGUUCUGCCUACAACAGAUCUCUUGCAUAGUUUGUUUUGUUUUGAUAUGUUGCAUUGAAAGUGGCUUAUAUUGCGUUGUUUCGAUCACAAUUCCCACAGUAAACAGAAACAUGCUAACUAAUGGGGAAAACUCUAGAAAGUUUGUGCUUCUCUGUGUGGGCUGAUAUUUCCUCUGCAUGGCAGUCCUGGGGGAGCUGCACGCCCGCUCUCUCGUGCAUCUUAGAGGGAACAUUGGUAGUCAGAAUGAGCUAAUAGACCUCGCUACUGGCUAUGUGUUGUGAGCAGGUGUGAAGAGUUCAUGAAUUCCCCUAGAGGUGUGUUGAACCUCACACCAGGUGUGUAGACAUCAAAGCCAACUUUCCACUCUGGGUCAUGUAUAGGUUUAGAGCUUUUACUACAAGUUUCCGUUAGUAUGUGUUUUGGGUCAGUUGAGGGAAUCUGGUACAUUCCAGUCUUGUCCCGAGCUCCAGUGUUGCCUUCUCUCACAUAGCUGCAGACUGUCCAUUAGCAGAGGCACCAGUCAGGCUGGCCUCACCACGGGACACAGUCACCCACCUCAGCCACCCCCAAGGGGAACGCAGCUGCACCCCAUUCCACAGCCCCUCUCUCCCCUGGAACGCUGCCGGUCUGCGAUCUGCUUGGCGCUGGCAUCUGUCUGGCCUAGCAUGGCAGCACCCCAUCUGACAGGGCCCAUCUCAACACUAUAACUCAUGUUGUAGUUUUCACCCCACACCACGGCAACACCACAGCUAAACAGUAGAGGUGUUGUGUGUGUGUGAGAGAGAAGGUGUCUGCAGUGAUCCCCUCAGACAGACACUGUGGCAAAUAGGCAGGGAUCUGCUUGGGUUCUCAUCCUCAGUUAAACUCCCUCCCCCCAACACUACAGACACUAGAUGAAUGGUGCCAUGUGCCUCUAGAGUACUGUGGUAUUAGUGGGGCAGCCACUGGAACAGAUAUCUCUGUGGUGUGUCUGAAAUGGAGCCCUAUUCACUAUAUAAUGUACAACUUUUGACCAGGGCCCAGGGUCUCUGGUCAAAAGUAGUGCACUGUGCCUCUUUAAAGGGACACUCCAGCUUCACCGGCAUCUAAAGUUCUGCUCCAGAAUGCUCCACUGUAUCUUCUUCAUCUGUAAAUGUAUUCAGUUUCGGUAUUUACAGACAAGACUGAAUUAAAUGUUCUCACUGUAUUCCAUCAAUAAGUUAUGUUUUGUAAAAUUAAUGUAUCUACAUGUUAAACUAAUGUAAAUAGUAUAUGGACUGCAGAAAGGUUAUACCAGUAACGUGUAGAAGGAAUAAACGUAUUUAUAAUAAUUGAAUGACUGAGCGAAUAUACAGUAUUUCUGCCAAGCUAUCACACUUGCCUACUAUUUUGUCACUUCUCUACAGUAUCCGCUGUGCCGAUCAGUGCUAGCAGGGAAGGAUAGUUGUCUCUUUCUCGCACUUCCUUCACUUCUUCUUGGUGAUUGUUGUAAAUGAAACAUGUCUAGCACUUGCUGUUCAGUUCCUCAAUAGCAGACCAGACCCUUUCUCUCUUUUCACUAAUGGCUUUUUCAUGACUUUGUUUAGUUUAUAUAGACGUUUUUUUAUUAAUUGCUUUAUUUAUUUGAUAGCAGAACUGUGCCAAGGGAGAUACCCUUUCAUUAAAAUAUGAAUCUGUUCCCCAAAA